GUGGGACGUUGAGCAGACGCUAAGUGAUCCCGAGAAGACCCAAGCCCGAGAGAACUUGGAGGUGUUGGCCCAAGACGGGUCGAACGCCACGACCCGAACGAAAUGGCGCCUCAAGACCAUAGGUGAAGUCAUCUAUGUCAACACCAGCUUGACCGGCGUCGAAAUCCCGCCCGCCGAUGCCGGGUUUAUCGAGCUUACGGCGGGCCUCGAUGGCGCUUCCGAAUACAACGAGGGCAAGUUGACCGGCGAGACAAUUACUGGGUCUGGGGCUACGCUUGUCGCAACGGCCGUAAUCGAUGACGCCGAAAGCCCGAUGAAUGGCGCAACGAUCCCGCUUAUCAACACCGAGGAACGAGUAACGUACUCCGGGGAGCGCUCCAAGGCGGGCGAUGUGUUCAAUGACCAGAUGCAGGAUCACGGGCAUGAACUAGUCAACUAUUUGGGUACAACAGCAGGCGGGCCAGCCGUCCGCCUGGCAGGUUCGGUUGCUGGCGCAACUAGUGGGGGCACACCUACCGUUAUUGGAGGUGCUUCUGGAAGGACCGGCGACCGCACCCGCGCCAAGGGGCAGUUCCUCGUGGCCUUCCUCAAAUACAAGGACGUUACAAUCAGCAAGUCGCCAAUCGAAGGCGGCAUCGAAAUCAGCGACCAGCAGUAUGCCGAGGCGUUUGAGGCCAAGCUGGCAGGGCGCGAGGCCCUUGUUUUGGAUGACGAGCUUGUUGUCCGCGAUCCGGCGCCAUCGCCGCAGCAUACGUGGGAAAACGGUGAGUGGGUUGCGCCCGAAGCGCCAGAACCCGAACCCGUCGAUCCACUUACAAGACCCUUGGACCGCGUACGUUUCGAGUACAUGAGGGAUAAGCUCGACCGGGACAACCCUGGGUUCAUCACUAGCGUCGAGGUGAUGAUCGAGGGCCUACCAGAGACCACCCAAGCUGAGGCGGACUUCAAGCUCCUCGCCAAGGUCCUCUGGAGGACAGGUACCGAGUUCUUCAUCCAUCACGGACUAUUCCAGAUGGCCGUCUUCCAAGGGAUCAUCUCCCAGUCCGACCUCGAAGACCACUGCACCAUGUUCCCUGAAGGCGACUGGGCGCAUUGCUGUCAGCUCCACGACAUCGCGUAUGAUGCCUCAGGCACUCCGCGCCUCGAAGCCGACCUGGACCUCCUCCUUUGUCUGACGGACAUGGGGCGGCCCAUCGUGGGGAUCAUCAUGUUCCUCGGGGUCGUCCUCUUCGGCUGGCUUUUCUACAGGGAUAACCUCUUCGACCUCUACCACCAGUCGGGCAACGAGCGGGACCGCGUGAAGGACGAAGAGUACGGGCCACAGGAUGGGUCUACUCCAGGCCACAACUCCGGGGACGAUGACCUCCUGGACCUCGAACUCCGAGACCUCAUGCACCGAGGGAGGAAGGUCCUCCUGGCCAAGCUCGUGGCUGCGGUCGAGGGCGGAUAUGCGUCCCCCGCCGAGAUGGCAACCCUCAGGGCAAUUUUGAAGGACAACGGCAUCAUCAUGGGAGACCCCUUUGGGGACCCGGAAGGUGCGACUGAAGGAACCAAUGGCAAAUCCCGCACCAAAGCGCCACUCCCCGAGUUCGACAAGCCGGAGUAC